CAUGUCAACCCACGGUGUGUGUGUGUUGCUAUUGUGUCGCGCGUGAACAGUAGAGAAAUGGGAGGAGGAGAAGGUCGCACUAAGUCACAGCUCGGCGUGAUCUCCACACCUAUCAUCCUCGGUCGUGAUGGACUUCUUGCUGAGCGGAGUGGCGGCCUGCGGGGCGUGUGUGUUCACCAACCCGCUGGAGGUGGUCAAGACGCGCAUGCAGCUGCAGGGAGAGCUCAAGAGCCGCGGAACCUAUCAGGUUCACUACCGCAACGUUUUCCACGCGUUCUACACCAUCGGUAAAGUGGACGGACUGGUCGGCUUACAGAAAGGACUGGUGCCCGGGCUAUUGUACCAGUUUUUCAUGAAUGGAAUCAGAUUGGGCUCGUACGCCGUCAUCGAAUCUUCUGGAUACAUCCACACCGACGGAAGAGUCAGCGCGGUCAAAACCACGAUAGCCGGUGCUGUGGCUGGAGUGGCCGGAGCAGUGACGGGCAGCCCCAUGUACCUGGUGAAGACUCAUCUGCAGAGUCAGUCUACCUCCACGAUUGCAGUUGGACAUCAAUAUAAACACGAGGGAUUGAUCCACGCUCUGGCUGGUAUAUACAGGAAGCACGGCAUUCUGGGGCUGUGGAGAGGCUCCAGUGCUGCUGUACCAAGGGUCAGUGUGGGUUCAUCUGCUCAGCUCUGCACCUUCUCCUCCUCCAAAGAGCUCGUGAACGACCUACAGCUUUUCCCAAAGGACAGCUGGUUGGUGGCCCUGAGUGCUGGCAUGAUCAGCAGCGUAGUGGUGGUGCUGGUGAUGACGCCUUUUGACGUCGUGAGCACGCGGCUGUACAACCAGCCCGUGUGCUCAAUGGGCAAGGGGGAGCUUUACAAAGGAUUUGCUGAAUGCUUUUCCAAGACGCUGAGGAAGGAAGGCUUGACCGGACUCUACAAAGGCUUGGGAGCCUCUUAUUUCCGACUUGGUCCACACACUAUUCUGUCUUUGUUCUUCUGGCAUGAACUGCGCAAAUCGUACCAGCAGGUCAGAUAACACCAGGGACACUUAAUUAAGCUCAGAGUGUGUAUGUUUUAAUGAGUUUUACUGUCAUCACAUCAAAGUAAAACCAGGUCCCUCUUUUAAAAUGGGA